CUGGCGUUCGGCAUCAGUUGCCUGCCUGCCGUGCACCAAAUCUUCACUAAUCCACAAUGAAAUUCCUUUCGCUUGCCUUUGUCCUGGGCCUGAUGGCGGCUCUGGCUAACGCCACGCCACUGAACCCCGGAAAUGUCAUCAUCAACGGCGACUGCCGCACGUGCAAUGUGAGGGCUUAAGGUAGUCGCAGUCGGAGGGAUUGGACGACGGAACACAACACACCGCCACAUAAUAUAAUGUCUUAAGCCUUAAACUGAAUUUCUAAACGAAUAAAAAAUAUUUUAAAA